AGACGGAUAAACAGAUGUCAGCCGCAGUGAACAAGUCGUCGGCCGGGACGAAGAAGUCCCGGAAGCCGUACGUGGUGAGCAGGCCGCGGGAGAGGUGGACCGCCGACGAGCACGGCCGCUUCCUCCACGCGCUGCUGCUGUUCGGCCGCGACUGGAAGAGGGUCCAGGCGUUCGUCGCCACCAAGACGGGCACGCAGAUACGCAGCCACGCCCAGAAGCACUUUCUCAGAGCGGACAAGAAGCUGGGCCUCGCCGUGCCGCCGCCGCACCCUCGCCGUUCUGCCGCCGACUAUGGUGGUGCCCUGGCGCCGGACGUCGAGACGGUUCAGCUCCCGUUGUCUCAGGACGACCUGCGCUUCGCUCAGGUGUACAGGUUCGUCGGAGACGUCUUCGGCUGUGGCGCGAUGUGGCCGGUCGAGGCGCAGCUGCAGAGGCUGCUGGGCGCGGACCCUGUAGUCGUGGACACCAUCCUACGGGUGCUGGCCAACCUCCAAGACAACUUCCCUCCCUGUAGCUUGUAGGUCGACAAUAUUUUGUAGCCAGUUACGUUAUGGCGGGAUUGGUUUUGAAUCCUGUGAUUACAAAUUUCCUGCUAGAUAAAAAAUAGGGAUUUUUACGUCACUAGUUCUCAAAGUCGAUCGGUACGAGUAAACCGAUCUGUGCUAGACAUGUCCUCGUCUAAGGGCCUAUGCAGGAACUUCAUAGAAA